GGAAGCUCGGCGGCGGGCUCCGCUCUCUGAGGAAGCCGGUGGCUCGCUGGGGGGCCGCCAGUUUGGAGACGCGCACGCCCCCCACGGCUGUCCGCGGCGCCCCCAUAGCUGGCCAGGGAGGCAGCAGCGGCGGCGGCGGGCGCCCCCGGCUCUCCUCCUCCCGCUGAGGGGGCGCGGCUGGCGGCUCCUCCUCCCGCUCCAGCUCCAGCUGUCUGGCCAGCCUCUUUGCGAAUUGCGCCUCAGUCGGAGUCGGGGAGGAGCGCAGCGCGCGCGCCGGCUCUCCUCCUCCUCCUCGUCCUGGUCGUCCUUCUCUGGACCUGCGGCUGGCCCAUGGAGCGGUGGCGUACGCGGGUGGCGCUGGUUACGGGCGCCUCGGGGGGCAUCGGGGCGGCGGUGGCGCGCGCCCUGGUCCAGCACGGCCUGCAGGUGGUGGGCUGCGCCCGCAGCGUCGACAGGGUCGAGAAACUGGCGGCGGAAUGCCAGAGUGCCGGCUACCCGGGCACGCUCCUGCCCUACAAGUGCGACCUUUCCACGGAAGAAGAGAUCCUCUCCAUGUUCUCUGCCAUCAAGACCCUCCACCAGGGGGUCGACAUCUGCAUCAACAACGCUGGCUUGGCCCAGCCGGAGCCCUUGCUGUCCGGGAAGACGGACGGUUGGAGGACCAUGAUCGACGUCAACGUGAUGGCUCUGAGUAUCUGCACCCGCAAAGCCUAUCAGUCCAUGAAGGAGCGCAGCGUCGACGAUGGCCACAUCAUUAACAUUAACAGUAUGAGUGGCCACCGUGUGGUCCCACAGUCCGCGGUUCACUUCUACAGUGCCACGAAAUUCACCGUCACGGCGCUGACUGAAGGACUCCGGCAAGAACUCCGAGAAGCCAAGACCCACAUCCGAGCCACCUGCAUCUCUCCAGGACUGGUGGAAACUGGAUUUGCUUUCAGGCUUCACGAGAAUGAUCCAGAGAGAGCCGCAACAACGUACAAGAGCAUCGAGUGCCUGAAAGCCGAAGACGUGGCCAACGCUGUGAUCUAUGUCCUCAGCGCUCCUCCUCACGUGCAGAUUGGAGAUAUUCAGAUGAGGCCCACGGAGCAGGCAUCAUAGCUCUCGAGGAGGAGGUGUGGUGCUGAUCUCCUGCACGGACGUCCCUUCCGCUGUUCUCCGGCCAGCCCUGGACCACUCCGACCCCUCCCCCCCGGCUUUUCUUCCUCGCUCUCUCCUGAGUGGAGGUCAAAGCAGAGGGCCAUGCUUGGUCUGGACCUCUCUCCUUUUUUGCUUUUAAAUUUUUUAUUGAUUUCCACAACAUCUCAACAAUCUCGUUACAUCCAACUAAACAAGUGCUGACUUCCAGCUCACCAAUCCGCGCGAAUCACUAACUAUACAAUUCAACCAUUGCUAUAGUAAUUCAAAACAUAUAUCCUAUACCUUACAAACUCGAUUUUACUCUACUCAACCUGCUAAUAUUACUAAAUUUCAAACCCUGUUGAAAAAUAAAUAUUAGGAAAAUA